UUCAAAUCACAUUUUAUUCUCAAAGAGACAGCAAAUUAGGAAGUGACGUAUUUCAGCGUCAGCCUCUUCCGCUCUCUUUUCGUUGAGGCUCAGCUAGCGGCCGGCCUGCAAACAUGCAGAUCUUCGUGAAGACGUUGACGGGGAAGACCAUCACCCUUGAGGUGGAGCCCAGUGACACUAUUGAAAAUGUCAAGGCAAAGAUCCAGGACAAGGAAGGAAUUCCCCCUGAUCAGCAGCGUCUGAUCUUUGCUGGCAAACAGCUGGAGGAUGGCCGCACACUGUCCGACUACAACAUCCAGAAAGAGUCUACUCUCCAUCUGGUUCUGCGUCUGCGUGGUGGCAUCAUUGAGCCCUCACUCAGGCAACUGGCCCAGAAAUACAACUGCGACAAGAUGAUCUGCCGCAAGUGCUAUGCCCGUCUGCACCCCCGUGCUGUCAACUGCCGUAAGAAGAAGUGCGGACACACCAACAACCUUCGUCCCAAGAAGAAGCUGAAGUAAACAUUUACAACUAAAUUGGCACUUUGUGCUAUUUUGUGUUAAAAUAAAUGUAGAAAAAAAAACUGCUGCUUGUCUGAUUUGUGUUAUUUAAUGAACAUGUAAAGGUGUGUGUUUGUUAAAUUCACUUGAAAAGUGACCAUAAGGCUGUGCUGGCUAAAUUAACAGCCAGGAAAAAGUAACCAGAUUAACUGCAGUAAGGUGAAGCUGGUGUAAUUGACUAUUGGGAUUUAACAAGAGCUUCCAAUUAAGUCCUGGGAUACUCAUGAAACCUGCUUCUUGGAUCUGGUUUAGGAUUAAACUUAAGAUCUGUUCCAAAACCAGAUGAUGAUAAUUGUGUAGUUUACAACAAAAGGUGUCAAUUGACAUCAAUGUUGGGCAACAAAAUACGCAGCUGGUGUAGCGAUUUAGAAGUUAGUGUGCAGGUUUUAUCUGGCUGAUGAUUAAAUACAAGCUUUCUCACUGAUUACUGUUCUAACCCAAGCAACAUGAAGGGAAUACUGAACUUGAACUAUUUCAUAAAUAAAAAAAGUGGUUUUUGGGGGGUUUUCAUCACACAAGAACCACAGCAGUGACUUUGCAUGACAGUUUUAAUGUUUAAAACAUUUAUAUACAAAUCCCAUACAAGCACCUGCUCUCCUCAGAUUCAGUUUUCGUACCUUGUACUUCACAACACUUCAAUGAGACUAACCUGAACUAAACUAUUCUGAGGUAUUUAGUCAUACUGAAAGGUUAAAUGUGUCAGAAAGCAAUGAAUGAUGGGUAAAAGCUGACAUGAGAUGAAGAUCAGUGUCACUCAUAAAUUGGGUGUUUGUCGAUUCCAGUUGUGGCUUCUGUUGGACAUCUUUGGUACUGCGAUCUCUCAGAGCGGGCAACAGACGGUUUUUU